AUGCCUUACAGCUUCCACUUGGAAGAGUCAGAGAUCACAACGAACCUUGCGGCCUCCUUCAACAAGCUGGCAAAGGGUCAGCAGUCCACGGAAAGAGUGUUAAAGGUCGUGUACUACCCUCUGGCAGUCUUUCGCGUCCGGCCCAUCACCCGCUGCACUUCAUCACUCAGCGGGCACAUUGAGGCGGUUCUUUGCGUUUCCUUCUCUCCGGACUCCACGAAGCUGGCAAGUGGCUCUGGCGAUUCCACAGUGAGGCUCUGGGAUCUCAACACAGAGCUGCCCAAGCACACCUGCAAAGGUCAUCAAAACUGGGUGCUGGUCGUUGCGUGGUCGCCUGAUGGCUCCAAGCUCGCUUCGGCAGGCAUGGACAAGAUCGUUCUCGUUUGGUGCGCGAAGUCCGGGAAGAACCUGGCAGCCUUGAAGGGCCACCAACAACCGGUCACUUCCGCUUGCUGGCAGCCGUUGCACGUGGCGGAGAGCUUCCCCUGGCUUGCGACGAGCUCCAAGGAUGCCACCGUGCGCCUGUGGGACGUGAGCGUGGGCGUGUGCCUGCGAAGCCUGACUUCCCACUCCCAGCCUGUGAUGCAGGUGAAAUGGUCUGGUGAGCGUGCUGACAUUGGUGGCGUUGUGUACACAGCCGGCCGGGACACUGUAAUCAAGGUCUGGAAUCCGAAGGACGGAGGCAUGCUGAACGAGCUGAAGGGCCACGGACACUGGAUCAACACACUCGCGCUUAACACGGACUACGUCAUCCGGUCUGGUCCAUUUUCACAUGAGCCGCAGAAGUUCGCGGAUUUGUCGGAGAAGAAGGAGGCGGCAAAGAAGCGCUAUGCGGAAGCUGUGGAGCUGUGUGGUGGCGAGCGUUUGCUGUCGGGCUCCGAUGACUUCACGCUUUUCUUGUGGCGGCCGCUGGUCUCCAAGACCCCGGUGUGCCGGAUGACAGGGCACCAGAAGAUUGUGAACCAGGUCGCCUUCUCUCCAGACGGUCGAUGGUUUGCAUCCGCGUCCUUUGACAAGUCUGUGAGACUUUGGGACGGCCGGACUGGCAAGUACGUUCACGCCUUCCGUGGCCAUGUAGGCGGGCCGGGAUUGGCGAAACCAUUCACAAAACACACGCAUUGA